CUAAUUUUUGAGUCCAUCGGUCGACCCUCAUCUCUACGGGCGUGGUGGGAUUAGAGAUUGUGUUCCCAAACAUCCACAGCUGUGAACGGCAGAACGAUUCCAUUGACAAGCAUGGCUUCUCUCCCAACGGCCGCUGCUGCAAUUGCCAAUGUUACAAAAACUGCCACCAAUGCCCGCUUCUUCUUAUUCUCUUCUUCCCUUUCCCAUAACUUCGACCACGAUCGCCCCUUCUUCGCUCUACGUCGAACUUUUUCUCGUUUUACUCCACCACUUCCUAAGGAUAAUGUCGCCUCCAUUGAACGCAGAAGAGGAAGAAUCUCCAGAAAUGGUGGGCGGUUUUCGCCCUCAUUUUGCACUACCGGAUCCACUGAGCCUGUCACCAGUGACGCCGUCAUUGCAUCGUCUUCCACAUCAUUGGAUAAGGACGGUGGUCAUGACGACGACGAUCUGGAAAAGAAAAUUAAGGAUGCGGCCGGCACGCUCGAUAUUAGGGUUGGGCAAAUCAUUAAGGCUUGGAGACAUCAGGAGGCUGAUUCUCUCUAUGUAGAAGAGGUCGAUGUUGGUGAACCCGAGCCGAGGCUUAUUUGCAGUGGCCUUGUUAAAUACAUCCCUCUUGAUCAACUUCUGGAUAGAAGAGUUAUUGUCCUCACAAAUUUGAAGCCAAGAAAUAUGCGGGGCAUCAAGUCUUGUGGAAUGCUAAUGGCUGCUUCUGAUUCUUUGCACGAAAACAUUGAACUUCUUUUGCCCCAUGAGGGUUCGUUUCCAGGUGAAAGAAUAUGGUUUGGAUCUGAAGAUGAAAAAGGCAACCAACCUGAUGCUGCUACCCCAAAUCAGAUUCAGAAGAAGAAAAUAUGGGAAAUGGUGCAGCCUCAUCUGAAGACAGAUGGUUGUUGCACUGCUGUCUUGGGUUCCCAUCCAAUGAGGACUUCCACUGGUGUUGUCACCUCCCCCUCCCUUAAACACGCAAACAUCUCUUGACUCUUAUCAUCUCCUUCCACCUCCUUCCCUGGCUGAUUACAUUGGUUGGUAGACGAAGGGUAAACAGGAUACCGUCUACUGGAGAACAUGUCACAUUAAAGAAAUGUGGACGGUGUGGCCAAUCGGGACAUAACAGACAAAAGUGCAACGAACCACUUGACACGUCCAAACUCAACAAACGUGCAAGGACAAAUUAGGGGACCCAACAAACGUCCAAUAUAGAUUGUUCAUUGUUCAUUUUGUAUUAUAUAGAUUGUUCAUACGAGACCCUCUAAACUUUGUAUUAUAUAGAUUGUUCAUUCUAUAAUGUAGAGACGUUCCGAUAAAUACUCGAUACAUAGUCACUUGAUACUCAAUACUCGUCAGGAUAUACUCGUUACACGAUACUCGACAAUACUCAAUAAACAUUGACUAUAUAGAUGGUUGAUUUA